AUGCUAAUCAAACAAGGAGAAGACUAUGUCCCUUUGCCACCGACGGGUCUAAAUGCCCCACUAUGGCCUUGGGUGGUUUGGAACUUGUGGAAAGCAAGAAACAAGCUAGUCUUUGAAAACAGAGCCUUUACAGCCCAAGAGAUUGUUCUGAAGAGUACUAAAGAUGCGAAGGAAUGGAACGAUGCACAAUCGGUACAAAAAGCUACUACUCUCAACAACUUCUCACCAUAUCGGCCUCCAGUUUGCUCUUCUUGCCCCCCUCCGACUUUUCCGGCAGAUAUACUUGUUUGCAAUGUUGAUGCAGCGUGGAACGCAGUGUCUGGAGCUUGUGGCAUUGGUGGAAUUUACUCUGGUGAUAAUGUUCGAAACCUUCCCAACGUUUCUGAGGCUCAUAGCCAUGUCUCUUCAGCUUUAGUGGCAGAAGCCUUAGCUGUACAUCGGGCAGUUGCCCUUGCUGUCUAUUCAAACGUAAACUUCAAUGCGGAAGCUGAUUCUGUGGCAAAAUCAGUUCUUGCUAGGUUUGUAAUGAACUCCAUUCAUGGAGGGUAA